AUGAGAAAACUCUUUAGAAAGGAAAAGAAAGUUCAGAGAACUGCAAAGAUCGAUAAGAUCCAUUCUUUUGAUUUGAUGAAACAACAACAAUUAUUAUUUCAAGAAAUGAUUGUAAAGGAUACAAGCAAUUGGAGCUAUUCCGAUCAUAGGGAAAACAGAAAUGUAACCGCCACCUCUGUUCAUUCAAAAUUAUUCUAUCACGAGUUAGCUCAAUCACCGUUUUCGCCAACAAAUAUUUGCUCUUUAGACGUGGAUACCACCAAUUCCGGUGAAACAAUUAUGGGAUUCAUCACACAAGUCAUGACACGUCCUAAUGAGAGAACUCUCUUUGUCAUUACCGAUUGUGGACUGUUAUAUCAAGCUCAAGUACAAGGUGCGAAACAUUCAAAAUUUGAUAUUGUAGCACCUUUUGAUGGAUCUAGUUCUUUGAAGGCUGUGAAACUUGCGUGUUACACGGAGGCCAUGUUAUUGAUUGCUCAUGAUUCAAGCAAAGAUCAAUAUUACAUUUAUGGAUUAGGUCAUAAUGGAUAUUAUCGUAUGAGUCACUUUCGCACUACAGGAUUUGUUUGCACAAAUUUUGAGUUGAUGCUUGACCCUUUUACUCAGUUAAACGUGAAGCCUGAAUGCCCUCCAAAGAUCAACCAUGUUGCAUGCUGCUAUUCAUUUAGUUUAUGCGUGAUUAAUGGACAUGAUGUUCACAUUACUGGUCAAAACUGGAUGAAUUAUCCAACUGACAAGCUGGUAGCUGGAUAUCAUUGCUGGCAAUACCUCGCUCAAAGUUUUGAAAAAAAGGUUGUGAAAAUGGAAUAUGGAGAUUUUCAUGUUGUAUUAUUACAUGAGGAUUGUUCAAUUUCUGUUGGAGGAAGUAAUUCCUCUUCUCAGUUAACAAACCCUUCAUUUUCUGAUUUACCUUUUGUGACACUGAACUUGAACGACUACGCUUUCAACAAUAUUUUUAGUGGUAGUAACUCAGUGUUGUGGGUCAAGAAUGUGACAGAUGGUAAACAGGAACUUUACUUUACUGGAUCCUGUAAUGUACAAUUGACAUCAUAUUUAGGUUUUGACAAGAAUGACAAAAUGAAAAGAGUACUAGAAAUGCAUCACAACUGUGCAGAAUUUGCUCACAACGUAACAAUAUUGGAUGCCCAAUAUACUAGAGAUUUUAUGUUGAUCAGAUAUUCCGAAUCUCCACACAUGCUCUUUGUUGUUGGAUCUACCUACUAUGGAGGUCAUGUCUACAAUGCUCAAAGUAUUGAUUUGAGAACAGCCAUACCGGCAGACAAGUAUUCGAGAGGAGGGAGUAUUGAUAACUUUUAUCGUGAUGUCGUGAAAAUAAGAAUUCUCAAUGUUGGUUACGUUGCAUAUUGUGAUUUUGCGGCGUAUGCAAAUCAGAAAAUGGCAGCCUUACUCUUGAAGAGUACCGAUUAUUCAGAGCCCAAUAAUCAUCUAUUACUUGAUAUUUCUGUGGUGUGUCAAGAUAUGAAUUAUGUGUAA